AUGUUGUCCAAAGAGUGCCCACUCUCUGCUGGUCUUGAGAAAAUUAUCAAGCCGAAAAUCAAUAUUUUUCAGGACUUGGGUUUUAAUACCAUCGACUUUGCUGAUAUAGUAUCUGGUGAUCCUUGGAUUUUGUAUAGAAGUGCUGAUAAUAGUCUUGGACCAUCAAUUUUAGUGUUAAAGAAUGUGUUGAGAUCUAAUGCUGAUACUUCUACAUUGUUGAAGAGGUGCGAUAACAUGAAGGAUUUUGUUAGAAGGGUCGAUGAGAUGGGUGUUGAUAGGAAAUCUAAGGUGUUUCUUCCUGCUAUUAGGGUGAUGAGUUCCAUAACUGAAGAGAAUUGGGAUCACAAGCUGAAACUAUUGAGGGAACUGGGAUUUUCAGAGGAGAAUAUUUUGUCUGUUUUUAGGAGGGUACCUCAAGCACUCGGAGUAUUUGAGAGGAAGAUUAAGGAAGUAAUUCAGUUGUUGCGAAGUGUUGAGAACAGGGACAUCUCUUGUAUUAUUUGCCACCCGGAGUUGCUUGUAUGCAGUGUUAACCAGAGGCUAAAGCCCCGACUAGAGGUUAUUAAGGUCCUGGAAAUUGCUCAAGAAAAAACCUAG